AUGAGUGAUCAUUACGAUGUUCUUGUGCUUGGCACGGGCGUGAGAGAAUCAGUCUUGUCAGCGGCGCUCAGUCGCGCAGGCAAACGCGUCUUACACGUGGACCCUCAUACCUACUAUGGAAGUGAAUGGGCGAGUCUUACGCUCUCAGAAUUGUCUCAGUGGGCCAGCACGCAUGCAAAUGCCGACAUAUCGUUUCCGCGCGAGCCGUGUGAGCCCGGGGCGAUACCUGAGACAUACAAGAGUGUUGAUCGACACUACUCGAUCGCAUUGCGUCCGGUUCUGCUACCUGCGCGCGGACCAAUGAUUGAAGCCCUCAUCCGAUCGAAUGUCGCCUCCUACGCUACGUUCCGCCUGCUUGGCCGCAUAGGGGUAUGGGACGGUGAGCAUCUGGAGCGUGUGCCCAAGAGUAAAUCAGACAUCUUUCGUGACCGACGUAUAUCUCUUGCUGACAAGCGGAAGCUUAUGCGUUUCUUACAGUCGGCUGUUGAGCCAGACGCGCCGCUGCCUGACUCGUCCGUCAGUGUAUCGCGAUACCUAACAGAGACGAUGGGACUUGGGCAGCAAUUAGAGCGCGCCGUGACGUAUGGUGUAGCGCUGUGCUGGGAUGCGAUGGAGUCGUCUGCAAGUGCUAUUGACCGCACACGGCGAAGUCUUCGCGGUCUUGGUCGGUAUGGCGAUGCCGCAUUCCUUGUUGGCCAGUUCGGUGGUGCUGGCGAGCUUGCCCAGGGUUUCUGUCGUGCUUCUGCCGUGCAUGGCGGCGUGUUCAUCCUUGGUCAUGAGGUUCUGUCGCUGAAGCACGCAUGUGAUUCCAAUAACGCAUGGACAUUGCGUGUCGCUGGUAUUGAGGAGACAUUCACAGCGGAUCAAGUUGCUGCGCCGCGUGAGUUUAUGUGUGAGAAUGCUUCUUGGGAGGAUGAACAAGCUAUGAAGUCAUUGUCAGACACGUCCUCGUUGUCGUCUUCGCCUGUAUAUGAACAUGUCGCUGUCGUGAUUACCGACGCGCCCAUUGAUUGGGCUGCACACAUGCCGCUAGAUGACGAUGAGGUAGCGCCCGAAACGGCCCUUGUCGUCUUUCCACCGGACGCAUUUGGGCCAUCUUCUAACGAGCAUGCCGUGAUAGUCCUUGGUCAGGGCGAGGGCACAUUUGCGUGCCCUAAGGGACAGUAUGUGUACUAUCUGAGCACAUACGGCCCAACGGGCACGUCGGCGCGUACGUGUCUUCAUCGAGCCGUACGGCGUCUACACACGCUGCUGACCACCGAGGCUCCGUUUAUCGCGGAAUUUUAUUGCUCUCAUACUCUGUCGGAAACGCAAGAAGCAUCGAUCCCUGCCUAUGUCGAUACAUCUGCACAGCUGGUCCGCACAGCAGGUGGACCAGCAGGACGCACAUCUCUCUGUAUCGGUGAUGACGCAAGUCAAGUUCGCGCGCAGCAAGCGGUGCCGAAUCUCACCGAGACGCUCGAUCUCUCGGUCGAGGCUGCAGAGCAGGCCUUCUGGCGGCUCGUGGGCGAGCAGCACAAACAGGCUGCAUAUCAGGCAGCUCACGAUCGCAGUCACCAGCAUGACCCAUCCGAGUACCAGGGACGUGGGGGUGUCGAGCCAGAAGCGCCUAAGGAGGCUACGGUAGUAGAAGUGGAGUUUUUUGCGCCUCGGCCAACAGAAGAUGACGAGGCUGUCUAG